AUGGGUAACCCAAGCCUAGCCCAAAGCUACCGCAGUGCCAUGCGCCGUCACCGCUUCGGCUACGCGCUCUAUGAGCCAGCCCCCUUCUCCCGCUUGCGACCGGGUAUGCUGGGCUACCUCGAUGAUGAGUACCAGCGGUGGCACCCCAUCCUCGACCUAGCCGACGCCGAGGCCGUUAAGGCCGCCGGGCUCGCCCCGCUGGGAUACCUGCAGCGCAGCCCGCCCGACCCGCGCCGGUACGGGCCACUGAAGGCAGACAAAGUCACCGAGACAAGCGUGGAGCUAGAAGCGGGCGUGGGCGGAGCGGCCGUGGGUCUUCCAGUCGAGGUUGCUGCUGUUUUCAAGUACAGCACCGCGGGCAGCUUUGGGGCUGUGUUGCUCUGCGGGGACGAGAUUGUGUCCGAAGGGUUUGACUUUCGCGAUCCGUUUCUUGCGUGGCUUCAGAUCCAUGCCAAGGUGCUGUUUGCCAAGUAUCCUGAUGCGAAGAAACAUGGUCUCUGUGCCGUGACCUGGACUUACUCGUCGGCUGAUGUUGGGAUUACCACAUGGGAUAGCUCCAAGGGCAGCGCCACGGUUGGGUGUGAUGUCGGCGCUGCUGACGUUGCCAAGGUCGGUCCCAAGGUGUCGUGGGUUAGGGGCGCAUCGAGCAGCGGCUGGUCAACUUGGAAGGACCAAAAACGCGUUGUCUUUUUUGCUGGCGUCAAGAUCAAGACUGGGUUGUUUGGGUCUCUGCGGGAAGAGUCAGAGAAGAAUUGGCGUGGCGGUGACGAGGCUUUCAUUGUCCACGAUGAUGAAAAUGGCACCUACACGGUUUCGGUUGAGCAAUUUGGAGAUGAUUGGCAUCGCAUUCGCAGAGCUGGGGAGGGGGGCCAUAUUGUGCCUCAGGAUUCUGAUGAUGAAGAGAAAUAA